AGGCGCACACAACAAGGCAUCCAUCCACCGGGGCGACGAUGGCGGGGUUGAAGCGGCGCUACUUGCUGCUCCUGGCGCAGGAGAACUUGGCCUUCCGGGCGGCGGAAAUAAAGUCUUUGGUUUCCCUCUGUGGUGGACGAUGGAGCAGUCAACAGGAACUAAGAUUAAAUUCUCCAUUUUGGAUUCUUAGCCUGCCUUCAGAAGGUGUAGCUAGAGGACUAAUGAAACGAACAGUAUGUGCAAAAUCUGUAUUUGAACUGUGGGGUCAUGGAAAAUCUGCAGAAGAACUGCACUCUUCACUGAGGAAUUAUCCAGUAGACAAUAUGGCUCCAUAUUUACAGUCCAACUUUACAUACAAAAUAAAGGUUCAUGCUUUUAACAAAACACUGACACAAGAAGAGAAAAUACAAAGGAUAGAUUCUCUAGAGUUUUUACCAUUUGAAGGAAAAGUGAAUUUAAAGAAACCAGAUAAUACAUUCUGGCUACUAGAAGAUUACGGAAUGGAUCCAAACAACAUCCCAAAACAGCCUCUUAAUUUAUAUUUUGGAAGAUGGAUUGCCAAUGGACAAAGGGAUCUUAUUGAAUCAUACAGUGUAAAAAAGAGGCAUUUUAUUGGGAAUACAAGCAUGGAUGCUUGUUUGGCAUUUAUCAUGGCAAACCAUGGGAGAGUAAAACCAAAUGAUGUUGUGUUUGAUCCAUUUGUGGGAACAGGCGGACUACUUAUAGCAUCAGCACACUUUGGAGCCUAUGUAUGUGGAACAGAUAUAGAUUACAGCACAGUUCAUGGACUAGCCUGUCAUGCAUUUGAAUUUUAUUUUCUUCACAACUCAUUGCACCAAGGCAAAGCCAGCAGGAAGAACCAAAAGUGGAGAGGGCCAGAUGAAAAUAUCAGAGCCAAUCUUCGUCAGUAUGGUUUGGAAAAGUACUACCUUGAUGUAUUAGUUUCUGAUGCAUCAAGGACCAUAUGGAAGAAGGGAGUGCAGUUUGAUGCAAUAAUCACAGACCCUCCCUAUGGAAUACGAGAAGCUACUAGAAGAACUGGUUCACAAAAGGAGAUGGCUAAAAUGGCAGAAAGAGGCACUGAAAAUCACAUCUCCAUUUCCUCAAAUUAUCAUCUGAGUGACAUCCUUUUUGACCUGUUAAAAUUUGCGGCUGAAUACCUGGUGAUUGGAGGAAGAUUAGUCUACUGGCUUCCUGUGUACAAACCAGAAUAUACAGAAGAGAUUAUACCCCGGCACCCAUGUCUGAAACUUAUUAGCAACUGUGAACAGACACUUUCCAGCCACACGUCAAGAUACCUGAUAACCAUGGAAAAGGUGAAAGAAUUUGAGGAUGAAGACCAUGAUUUCCACAUAUUGGAAAGUCAGUACCUGCCAUACAAAAGUCACAAUUCCUUUCGUGAUAAAUAUUUCAGUGGAGUGACAAAAAGGAUUGCCAAGGAAGAAAAAGACAGUCAGAAAUAAUUUUUUAAAAGGAAAGAAAUCUACAAGCAAAGAACCAUGAGGCUAUUAAAACAUCUGGACCUCAAUAUUAUGUGGAUACUUCAGAGAACAAAUACUGUUUUUAAUUUUUUAAAACUCCAAGCAAAAACCACAACAUAAAUUCAGAACAGUUCUAUUUCAUUAACUUUGUUUAUACCAGAUUAUUGCACAAUUUUUUACUCUUAUUUAAUUUAUUUUUGUACUUUAAGUUCUAAUGAUAAUGGACUACAACCUUUGUCACUAUUAUUCUUUUAGCCCAUUACUGCUAACAAAAACUAGUAGUAUUGUUCGGCUUUUUAAACUGUGAACAUCUGGAAGUCUUAAAUAGACAAGUUUUUUUGUUGUUGUUAUUAGGAAGAUCUAUUUCAUUUACUUUUUUCUUUUGUAACUUAUGUAUAAUAAAGUCUUCAAAGAUU